CUAAUCAAAAGAGCUUUUCUGGAAUUUUCCCUGGCAGACGGAAUUCCGCAUCAACGCAAGUUCACGCGACAGCCGCAAAAGGAGCGAGACGCCGACGUCUGAAGCAUUUUUGUCCCUCUUCAGCGCAAAGAGCUGAAAAGGUUUUGGGGAAACUUGACCCCAUUCGUCAGGGGCCCGUGCACGGGAAACCCCUCCGAGGGCAGAACCGCUCCUCAACUCUACGCCGAAGAUGAGGAUGUGGUUCUUCUUGCUGGUUUGCCUGGCCGGACGCGCCGCCGCCGCUCCGGCCGAGGAGCUGCCGACGGCGGACGAGCCCGUGGCGGAGGAUUCGCUCGUUGAGGAGGCGGAGGCGGAGGUGGGAGCCAACCCGGUGCAGGUGGAGGUCGGCGAGUUCGACGAGGCCAUCGAGCCGGACGACGACGACGACGACGUUGCCGAAAACCCGUGCCUGCAGCACCAGUGCAAGAAGGGCAAAGUGUGCGAGGUGGACGAGGGCAACACCCCCUUGUGCGUGUGCCAGGACCCCUCGACUUGCGCCCCCGCCGAGGGACCUUUUGAGCACGUUUGCGGCACCGACAACAAGACCUACGACACCUCCUGCAACUUCUUCGCCACCAAGUGCGCUUUGGAGGGGACCAAGAAGGGCCACAAGCUGCACCUGGACUACAUCGGAGCCUGCAAAGACAUCGAGCCCUGCCUGGACAACGAGCUGAAGCAGUUUCCUCUGCGGAUGAGGGACUGGCUGAAAAACGUCCUGGUGACCCUGUACGAGCGGGACCAGGACAACGACCUGCUGACCGAGAAGCAAAAGCUGAGGGUGAAGAAGAUCUACGAGAACGAGAAGCGGCUGAAGGCGGGCGAGCACACCCUGGACCUGCUGGCUCAUGACUUUGUCAAGAACUACAACAUGUACAUCUUCCCCGUGCACUGGCAGUUCGGACAGCUGGACCAGCACCCGGCCGACGGCUACCUGACGCACAGCGAGCUGGCCCCCCUGCGCGCCCCCCUCAUCCCCAUGGAGCACUGCACCACGCGCUUCUUCCAGGAAUGUGACGGCGACGGCGACAAGUACAUCGCCCUGGAGGAGUGGGCCGCCUGCUUCGGCAUCAAAGAGGAGGACGUGGACAACGAGCUCCUGAUCUAAGCUCCGCCCACCAGCUGAGGCGCCAUCCAAUUGGUCGCUUCUUUGCCGACGAGGUGCUAAUCGCUAAUUUUAAGAAAAAAAAAUUAAUAUAAAAAAAAAAAAAAAAAAUCCGUUUUGGUGCUAAGAGCUUUUUUAUUUUGUUUUUUAAGUAACAAACUUUGUUGCCUGUACCACCAAUUAAAGUCUUAAGAUUCCAAGUAACAUCAAAGUCAAGAUUUCAGAUGUAAACGUUUUUUUUUUCUUCUCUGAAAUGAUAUUUAAAUUUCCGUUUAAAGGCUUCCAUUGGACAGAUGAAAAGCAUAAACGUCGCAAAUCUUAAACCCACGCUUGCUUCGCUACGGCCUACUUUGUUUAGUUGCUCGCUUGCGCUCACCUGGUUUCCAUGGCGACGCUCGAUCUAACGUGGGGGGGGGGGGUCGAAUGACAACAGCAGCAAAGCUUCUUUCAACAAAUAAAAUCUAAUCAAUCAAA